AUGGAAGACGAAUUCAUGAGCAUGACGGAUCGGGAUUUGUACCGACAAGGACUAUCAACGACAACAAGAGGAGCCCUGCCUACGCUUCCUCUGUCAAAGCUGGUCGCAGAGAGUGCGCAGAGAUCGCUUUGGUCUCCUCAGAGUGAUGAUCGGUCGAUUCGGGAGGAUGACUGGUACCCUCAGAAGGAAGAUCUGUCAUUUCAAGAGGAUGGCCGGUUCGCCUUUGACCUCCCUCAUUCGGAGUAUGAGAGGGCUCUCAUGCGUCCCUAUGCUGGACCCAAGAACAGGGCUGCAACGACAUUGAGCACGCAGUUUGAUCUGACAGAUCCGCCAAACACGACAUCCCAUGCACCCGGACCAGUAACAGAAUACACUCAUAACACUGAGCUGGAAUCCGAAGUAGAGGUACCCGAAACAGACUCUGGCGAAACGCACUGGGAUCACAUCCCGUAUGAAGACCUCAGAAGUCUAAGCUUCAGCACCUCUAGCAAGUCUUCGUACGCGAGGUCGGUCUUCAGUAAUGCUUCCUUAGGUUCCUCGGACACAGACCUAUCGAAACACAGCGGUUACUCAACUGUGCAGAUCAAAAGAGCAACAAAGGAACUUAUCAGUAUCCUGCAAGAUAAUGCAGUACUAACCCUACUGUACGAGAGCGGCAUUGCUCAUCCCAACAUUGGGCCACAGGUGCUUGAGAGAAAACUCCGCUACUUCUUUAAGGAAUAUGCCGAUCUACUCAGCAGGGUGGCAGUUGGUAGCACCCUAAAAUCUCUAGCGUCUCAACUAGUCAGAGUAAAGGCAAGGGCUGUAGCUCGGUCCAUUAUGCAGCACCAUGUUGCGGAAUCGAGUAACAUGAGACAAAUACUAGCUCCGGACUUGGAGCCGAGCUCUCAGGGAGAGUCUGACUCUAGCUCAAUUGACGAGCAAGGAUUCGAAGAUAUUGUUGCCUUCCGCAACUUCUUACUUGAAGGCGAACCAUUCAGGGAGUUGCACGUAAAGAUACGAUCCUUCGUAGAGUUCCAAGACACGAAAUCCCAGAUCUCCGAAGGCAAUGUUAUGACUAGCUUGGAACACGCCGAAUUCGAAAGAAGGGGCGCGAUGGGCGACUCUGGAGUGGGCUAA